UCAGACUGCCGGUCUGUCUACUGUACCUGGCAGGGCUUGGGUCGCUUGAAAGUAGAAUUGGCAUGCGCACUUGCCGCAGAACCAUCGGAGGUUCCCGGGUGACGACUCAUACUUCUCGACUUCUUCGGUGCUGGUCAACACGAGAUUCUCCUCCUUGACACACAGGAAGACGCCCGCUGGGGCGCCUGAACAGACAGACAGACAGACAAACAGACGGACCAACACACAGCACAGAGACCAUUGAUGAGUGGAAAACAGCUGCUGGUUAAAUUAUCUGAAGAACAUCUGCUUACCCAGGCAUCUCUGGCACAUCUUACAGCAGCACAUGACCGGCGGGUAGGGGGGAGGCGGGUCGGUGCACACCUUGAACCGCUGUCCGCCGCACAGGCAGCCGCCCUCAACCCAUUCACUCAUUGCGUCACCAAAGCAAAGAUGCACCAAGGAUCUCGGCGAUGCGCUCGGGGAAGAAGUCGUC